CUUGGAUAAAAAAAAUUCAAGUUUUUGACUUAAGAAGAAGUUAGUAAAAAUGAGAAACGUUUAUUUUGACGUUUCUUCUGGAAGUGGUCCUUUAGGAAGAAUUGUUUUUAGAUUAUUUGAUGAUGUUGUUCCUAAGACAGCAGAAAAUUUUCGUGCACUCGCUACAGGUGAAAAAGGAUUUGGUUACAAGGGUUCUACUUUUCACCGAGUUAUUCCCAAUUUUAUGAUUCAGGGAGGCGAUUUUACUAGACACAAUGGAACGGGAGGAAAAUCGAUUUAUGGUGAAAGGUUUCCUGAUGAGAAUUUUGCCUUGAAACAUGAUAGACCAGGGCUUUUAUCAAUGGCAAAUGCAGGACCUAAUACUAACGGAUCUCAAUUUUUUAUUACAACAGUUGUAACGUCAUGGUUAGACGGAAGACAUGUUGUUUUUGGUGAAGUAGUUGAAGGAAUGGAUGUCGUUAAAAAAAUCGAAUCUUAUGGAAGUUCAAGCGGCACUCCGACUACUAAAGUAGUCAUUCAAGAAUGUGGAACAUUAUAAAUUUUGAUAUUUAAUUUUAUAUUAAAAAAUUACAAAAUAUUUUAU